AUAAAAAAAAAACAGCUCGUCAACGUAACACUAACCAGGGAACUAACAAGAGAGCUACAUCCCAAGUGUUCUCCACCAAAAAUCAAGCCGACCUCUUCUACCUCUUGGCACCCGAUGAACAUCACCAUAUUUCAACAACAUGCUAGCUAAAUUCGGCCUGUUUGCGAUCUUCCUAGUCCUGGGGACCUCCGCCUUCGAUGCCGAACCGGAGGAAUCCUCUCCUGGCCGUGCACGCUUCUCCUCCAAUAGCCCCUCGGAUGUGGCUGGGUGUUUGAAUGGUGCUCUAGCUGUGGGAUGUGGAACAUUUGCCUGCCUGGAGAAUUCUACCUGUGACACGGAUGGCAUGCACGAUAUCUGCCAACUGUUCCUCCACACCGCAGCUACCUUCAACACACAAGGUAAGACAUUUGUAAAAGAGAGUCUGAGGUGUAUUGCCAACGGCGUCACAUCUAAAGUGUUCCAGACCAUCAGACGCUGUGGAAUCUUCCAGAGUAUGAUCUCUGAGGUCCAGGAGGAGUGUUACAGUAGACUGGACAUCUGUGGUGUGGCUCGCUCCAACCCUGAGGCCAUUGGAGAGGUGGUACAGGUACCUGCACACUUCCCCAACAGGUACUACAGCACUCUGCUUCAGUCCCUGCUAGCCUGUGAUCAGGAGACAGUGGCGGUUGUCAGGGCGGAGUUUGUUUCUAGGCUGGGGCCAGACAUGGAGACCCUCUUCCAGCUGCUGCAGAACAAACCUUGCCCCCAGGAGUCUAACCAAGGUGCUAACUCCGCCCCCACCGGCUGGCACUGGCCAAUGGGGUCUCCCCCCUCCUUCAAGAUCCAGCCCAGCAUGAGAGGAAGAGACCCCACCCACCUGUUCGCUAGGAAACGCUCUCUGGAGGUGUCGGAUAGAGAGAUGGAGUAAAGAGGAGACAAACACUACCGGUCAAAUGUUUUAGAACACCUGCUCAUUCCAGGGUUUUUCUUUAUUUCUACUAUUUUCUCCACUGUAGAAUAAGUAAUAAGUAACAUAUGGAAUCAUGUAGUAACCAAAAAUGUGUUAUAUUUUAAUUUGAGAUUCUUCAAAGUAGCCACCCUUUGCCUUGAUGACAGCUUUGCACACUCUUGGCAUUCUCUCAACCAGAUUCAUGCAUUUCAAUUAACAGGUGUGCCUUAAAUGUUCAUUUGUGGAAUUUCUUUCCUUAAUGUGUUUGAACCAAUCUGUUGUGUUGUGACAUGGUGGUGGGGGGAUACAGAAGAUUGCCCUAUUUAGUAAAAUACCAAAGUCCAUAUUAUGGCAAGAACAGCUCAAAUAAGCAAAGAAAAAUGACAGUCCAUCAUUACUUUAGACAUGAAGGUCAGUCCAUAUGGAAAAUGUGAAGGACUUUGAAAGUUUCUUCAAGUGCAAUUGCAAGAACCAUCAAGCGCUAUGAUAGAACUGGCUCUCAUGAAGACUGCCACAGGAAUGGAAGACCCAGAGUUAACUCUGCUGCAGAGGAUACGUUCAUUAGAGUUACCAGCCUCAGAAAUUGUUGACCAAAUAAAUGCUUCACAGAGUUCAAGUAACAGACACAUCUCAACUUCAACUGUUCAGAGGAGACUGUGAAUCAGGCCUUCAUAGUUGAAUUGCUGUGAAGAAACCACUACUAAAGGACACCAAUAAUAAGAAGAGACUUGCUUUGGGCAAGAAACACGAGCAUUGGACAUUAGACCCGUGGAAAUUGUGAGAUUUUUGGUUCCAACAGCCUUGUCUUUGUGAGACGCGGUGUGGGCGAACGGAUGAUGUCUCUGCAUGUGUAUUUCCCACCGUAAAGCAUGGAGGAGGAGGUGUUAGUGUGUGGGGCUGCUUUGCUGGUGACACUGUCUGAUUUAUUUCGAAUUCAAGGCACACAACCAGCAUGGUUACCACAGCAUUCUGCAGCGAUAUGCCAUCCCAUCUGUUUUGCUCUUAGUGGGACUACCAUUUGAUUUUCACACCUCAACACUGUGUAAGGGCUAUUUUACCAAGAAAGAGAGUGAUUGAGUGCUGCAUCAGAUGACCUGGCGUCCACAAUCCCCCAACCUCAACCAAAUUGAGAUGGUUUGGGAUGAGUCGGACCGCAGAGUGAAGGAAAAGCAGCCAACAAGUGCUCAGCAUAUGUGGGAACUCCUUCAAGACUUUUGAAAAAGCAUUCCAGGUGAAGCUGGUUGAGAGAAUGCCAAGA